AUGGCGUGCGCGGUGCUGGUGUUGUGCGUGGGCUGUGCCGUCGCCGUGGACGAGCAGGGGGCGGCGCUGCUGGCGUGGAAGGCCACACUGCGGGGCGGUGACGCGCUGGCCGACUGGAAGCCGACCGACGCGUCGCCGUGCCGGUGGACGCGCGUGACGUGCAACGCGGACGGGGGCGUCACGGAGCUGAGCCUGCAGUACGUCGACCUGUUCGGCGGCGUGCCGGCGAACCUGACCGCCCUGGGCUCCACGCUGACCCGGCUCGUCCUCACCGGCGCGAACCUGACGGGGGCCAUCCCGCCGGAGCUCGGCGAGCUGCCGGCGCUGGCGCACCUCGACCUCAGCAACAAUGCGCUCACCGGUCCAAUACCGGCGGGGCUGUGCCGGCCGGGGAGCAAGCUCGAGACGCUGUACCUCAACUCCAACCGCCUGGAGGGCGCCCUGCCGGACGCCAUCGGCAACCUCACCUCUCUCCGGGAGCUCAUCAUCUACGACAACCAGCUCGCCGGCAAGAUACCGGUGGCCAUCGGCCGGAUGGCCAACCUUGAGGUGCUCCGUGGCGGCGGGAACAAGAACCUCCAGGGCGCGCUCCCUACCGAGAUCGGCAAUUGCUCCCAGCUCACCAUGAUCGGCCUCGCCGAGACUAGCAUCACCGGCCCGCUGCCGGCGAGCCUCGGGCAGCUCAAGAACCUCACCACGCUGGCCAUUUACACGGCGCUGCUCUCCGGCCCGAUACCGCCGGAGCUCGGCCAGUGCACCAGCCUGGAGAACAUCUACCUCUACGAGAACGCACUGUCCGGGUCCAUCCCGGCGCAGCUCGGCAGGCUCAAGAGGCUCACCAACCUGCUGCUGUGGCAGAACCAGCUCGUCGGCAUCAUCCCGCCGGAGCUCGGGUCGUGCUCCGGGCUGACCGUCGUCGACCUGUCGCUCAACGGGCUCACCGGCCACAUCCCGGCGUCGUUCGGCAACCUUCCGUCGCUGCAGCAGCUGCAGCUUAGCGUGAACAAGCUCUCCGGCACGGUGCCGCCUGAGCUUGCCCGGUGCAGCAACCUCACUGACCUCGAGCUCGACAACAACCAGCUCACCGGCAGCAUUCCUGCCGUACUCGGUGGCCUCCCGUCGCUGCGCAUGCUCUACCUCUGGGCCAACCAGCUGACGGGCACGAUCCCGCCGGAGCUCGGCCGGUGCACGAGCCUCGAGGCGCUCGACCUGUCGAACAACGCGCUGACCGGCCCCAUCCCGCGGUCUCUCUUUGCGCUGCCGCGGCUUUCUAAGCUACUGCUCAUCAACAACAACUUAUCCAGCGAGUUGCCGACGGAGAUUGGCAACUGCACGUCCCUUGUCCGGUUCCGAGCGAGCGGCAACCACAUCGCCGGUGCGAUACCGACCGAGAUCGGAAAGCUUGGGAACCUCAGCUUCCUUGACCUCGGUUCGAACCGGCUGUCCGGCUCUCUGCCAGCAGAGAUAUCUGGGUGCCGGAAUCUCACGUUCGUCGACCUGCACGACAACGCUAUCUCCGGCGAGCUGCCACCGGGGCUGUUCCAGGACUUGCUCUCUCUCCAGUACCUCGACCUCUCCUACAACGUCAUCGGAGGCACUCUCCCGUCGGACAUCGGCAUGCUCACCUCUCUGACGAAGCUCAUCCUCAGCGGCAACCGGCUGUCAGGGUCGGUACCACCGGAGAUUGGUUCGUGCUCCCGGCUCCAGCUCCUUGACGUCGGCGGCAACUCACUUUCCGGCAAGAUUCCGGGGAGCAUAGGCAAGAUUCCGGGGCUGGAGAUUGCUCUCAACCUCAGCUGCAACAGCUUCACCGGCACAGUCCCGGUAGAGUUCGCCGGGCUUGUCAGGCUCGGGGUGCUCGACGUGUCGCAUAACCAGCUGUCCGGCGAUCUCCAGACACUGUCCGGGCUCCAGAACCUCGUGGCGCUCAACAUAUCCUUCAACGGCUUCACGGGCCGGCUGCCGGAGACGGCGUUCUUCGCGAAGCUACCCACGAGCGACGUCGAGGGCAACCCGGCGCUGUGCCUCUCCCGGUGCGCGGGCGACGCUGGCGACCGCGACCGCGACGCGCGCCACGCGGCGCGCGUGGCGAUGGCCGUGCUGCUAUCCGCCCUCGUCGUCCUCCUCGUGUCCGCGGCGCUCAUUCUCUUCGGGCGGCACCGGCGCGCCGCGCGCGCCAGCGGGGAGAAGGACGGCGAGAUGUCGCCGCCGUGGAACGUGACGCUGUACCAGAAGCUGGAGAUCGGCGUGGCGGACGUGGCGCGCAGCCUGACGCCCGCGAACGUGAUCGGGCAGGGGUGGUCCGGGUCGGUGUACCGCGCGAGCCUCCCGUCGAGCGGCGUGACCGUCGCCGUGAAGAAGUUCCGGUCGUGCGACGAGGCGUCCGCCGAGGCGUUCGCGUGCGAGGUGAGCGUACUCCCGCGGGUGCGCCACCGCAACGUUGUUCGGCUGCUGGGGUGGGCGGCCAACAGCCGCACGCGGCUCCUGUUCUACGACUACCUCCCGAAUGGCACCCUCGGCGACCUGCUGCACGGCGGCGGCGGGGGCACGGCCGCCGCCGCCGUGGUCGAGUGGGAGGUGCGGCUCGCGAUCGCCGUCGGCGUGGCCGAGGGCCUCGCGUACCUCCACCACGACUGCGUGCCGGGGAUCAUCCACCGCGACGUCAAGGCCGAGAACAUCCUCCUCGGGGAGCGUUACGAGGCGUGCGUCGCCGACUUCGGCUUGGCCAGGUUCGCCGACGAGGGCGCCAGCUCGUCGCCUCCGCCGUUCGCCGGAUCCUACGGCUACAUCGCUCCCGAGUACGGGUGCAUGACCAAGAUCACGACGAAGAGCGACGUGUACAGCUUCGGCGUGGUGCUGCUGGAGAUGAUCACGGGGCGGCGGCCGCUGGACCACUCGUUCGGCGAGGGGCAGAGCGUGGUGCAGUGGGUGCGCGACCACCUGUGCCGGAAGCGGGAGCCCAUGGAGAUCAUCGACGCGAGGCUGCAGGGCCGGCCGGACACGCAGGUCCAGGAGAUGCUGCAGGCCCUCGGCAUCGCGCUGCUCUGCGCCAGCCCGCGCCCCGAGGACCGGCCGAUGAUGAAGGACGUGGCGGCGCUGCUGCGUGGCAUCCAACACGACGACAGCAGCAUCGAGGCGCGGAAAGCUGGAGGCGGAGCCGGAGGAGCGGAGGCCGAGGCCGGCGCCGGGGCCAGGAAGUGGGCCGACCCGAAGCAGCCCAUUUCUCCGACCAAAUUGAUGGCCCUCGCCCAACCAGCCCAGGCCCGGACAAGUUCAGGGUCUCAAAGCCUGCUCAAGAACCGGGAGUGA